GGAGGGAGAUCAGGACCGGCUCUCGGCCUCUUCAUCCUCUCUUCCCCUCCUCUCCCGCUUUCCCGGGAGCCGCUACAGCUGCUGCAGCUCCUGCAGAUGCGACCCGAGCCGGUCCCAUCGCCCUCUCCCAGGAGGGAGAGCUGGAAGGGGCCGGGGUCUGCACCAGCUACCCCUUGCCUUCAGCCCCACCAUAGGGGAUUGACCGGUGCGCAUCCCUCCGACGGUUCUCCCGGCAGGUAAGACCUCGAAGGAAGACCUCUGGCAGAAGCAGAAGACCCCUGGCGGAAGCAGUCAUGUCUCACACAAUGUAUAAUAAGAUGUGGCAAGAAGCCCAAGAAGCCCUCAGUAGCUUGCUUGAGAGAGAGUCUGAGAAGUCUCUACCACAUCGGAAAGAUCAUGGUUUCAUCUUUCAGAUGAUAGCCACGUUCUUCAUCAAAUACGUGCAGAUCUUCCGUGGUUUGGAAGCUGCAUAUGACCAGAUAGUCCACCCACAGAAACGACUUAUCAUUCGGCAAGUUCUGGAUGGUGUGAUGGGCCGGAUUCUGGAGUUAAAGAAUGAAAUGGUGGAACUGGAAUAUUCUGAAUUUCACUAUUUUGAUGACAUCCUGCAGGAUUUGAAGCUGGCUCCUGAACAUUUAGAUAUUCCUAUCCCAAAGUAUUUCUUAAAGGAGAAAUUGCAAGUCCUGAGGGAAAGAGAAGAAAUCCUUGCUCAGAUUCUAACUAACGCUGGAUUGAAAGGAAUUGAACUGAAGAAACCUGUAAAGACUUUGCCCCUAGAAGAAGCUGUGAAAAUCAUCCAGAUUGCUGAGCGGGCUAGGCAAGGACGACUAAGGGCUAUUUUCAUGAAACAAAUCUUCCUCGAAGCAAAGAAGGAAAGGAUAUCUAAACUUCACGGUGAUAAAAUUGCAGACCAAAAUGCUGCAGCAAUUCGCAUUCAAAAGGUUUGGCGAGGAUUCCAUGACUGGAAGAAAACAAAAAUAGAGCGAGAAGAAGAAAUGAUAUUUCUGGGAAUGAGUCCUCCUCUGCAGCUUGCAAAUUUUAACUCUUCAUUGGUCCGUGCACAAAAAGUGAACACCUUACGCUACGAGGUGCAGGAAAAAAAUGAAGAAGAAUUCCAAGAAGCUCUGGUUUCAAUCAAGAAUAAUCUGAGAGAAUUAGAAGGUCCUGACAUCAAAGAGAGCCUCCAGGAACAGAUCCGCCAUUGGUUCAUUGAAUGCCGGAAUAUAACUGGCAAGUUUCCUGAUUACCCUGAUGAGGACGAAGGUGGUUCCGCUGUUAUUUUUGCUCAAAAGACCCCACAAGAGGUUAUUGCUGAAAUAAUCGCAAAGGAAGAGGAAGCUGAAAAGAAUAAGAAAUCCAAAAAAAAGGAGAAGAAAGAAAAGGAUGAAAAGAAAACCAAGGAAAAGGAAGAUAAAAAGACAAAAGAAAAGAAGAAAAAGAAAGACAAAGUCUGGGAAAUGGCUCCAAGUCUUUUCCUGCCUGUGAUGGAAGAAGGAAACAACAUCUAUAAAGGUGUCUGGAAGAACAGAGAUGAGACAUGGAAUUUCCCCCAAGAAUAUGAUGCACAACUGAUUAGAGAAGAAAAGCGGAAAGAAAUUGAAGAGGAGAUCAGGUUGCAGGUUGAUGAGCUUAUGAGACAGGAACUGAAAAGUCUGAAAUUAGCAGUGGACAGAGAAAAAGUGAAACAUCAUAUAGGACAAAGUAGAAGAAAGAAAGGAGGGAAAAAAGGUGGAAAGAAAAAACAUAAAAAGGAAAGAGAUCUGACUCCUGACAGGACCAUAGAUUCUCUCUUCAAAGAACUAGUAGAAGAAGGAUUAUUAAUAAAGCCAGAGAAAGUGAAACUCUCUGAUUACAUUGGCGAAUACAGUUAUCUGGGAAGCACUCUUCGUCAGGCAGACAUAGAACCAAUGCCCUCCCUCACAGAUGUCAGACAGCUGAUUGCCCUCUAUGGAAUCUUGCCAUUAGGCUCCCAAUCUGUUCAUGAAAAGGCUCCUUGGGUCAAAACUUUGCUGUUGGCCGGGCCCUCUGGUGUUGGGAAGAAAAUGCUACUUCAUGCCCUGUGUACUGAAACAGGAGCCAAUCUCUUCAACUUGUCUGCCUCUAACAUUGCUGGAAAAUACCCUGGCAGAAGCGGUCUUCAAAUGAUGCUCCAUAUGGUGUUCAAGGUGGCACGUCAGCUACAGCCUUCAGUGGUCUGGAUUGGAGACACAGAAAAAACCUUCUAUAAAAAAGUGCCCAAAGUGGAAAAAGAGAUGGAACCUAAGCGCUUGAAAAAUAAUCUUCCCAAAAUUCUGAAACUUUUGAAGAAAGAGGACCGGGUUCUGGUCGUGGGGACCACCCAACGCCCAUUCGAUGCUGACCUCCGGCCUUUCUGCAAGGUUUACCAAAAAAUUAUUUUGAUUCCCAGACCAGACUAUGCUUCCAGAUUUGUUUUAUGGAAAGAAAUCAUUGAACAGAAUAGAGGAAUCAUCACCAACGCACUGAACGUGAGCUGCCUAGCCAAGGUUACUGAUGGUUUUACCCAGGGACAGAUCAUCCAGGUGGUGAAAAACGUGCUCAGCGACCGUCGCCUCAAGCAGCAGAAACAAAAACCACUGACGGCUGUUGAGUUUAUUGCACCCCUGGCCAGCUUAGACCCCGUGUUCAAGGAAGAAGAAGACCACUUCAAGGCCUGGUACGCCAAGACUCCUCUGGGGAAGAGACGAGCCAGAGCCCUGGCAGAAUGGGAAGAAGGAGAAAAGGGAAAAGAAAAAGGAAAGAAAAAGGGCAAAGGGGAAGCAGAGAAAAGAGAAAAGAAAGGAAAAAAGAAGUAAUUCCUUGACCGAACGUCUCCAGAGAAGCUCUCAGCAAUAAAUGUGCCCCAUUUCGGUCAGGGGCAACAGUGCCCUGAUGAGAACAGAGCCAACAAAUGUCAGUCUACGAAGGGAACUUCAAAAGCAUCUCCUCCGAAACGUAACACUAACCUGCCAUGACUUUUGGAUAUUGAUUUGUGAAUUCAGUAGUUCAUAGGAUUUAUAGGGCUUUUAAGUUGCUCAAGUACUCUACAAUAUAGUAACUUUCACUAAUCUUCAUAAAUUUUUUAGGAACCCAACUCAUUUCACAUCAUUACAGAUUUCAUCCACUCAGUAUUUGGUUUGUAGGCUUAGCCUAGUUAUUAGAAAGUUUUACAAAUUUAUAGUAAGGAUACGCAGAUCAUUCUCACUUCAUUAGACAUUUGCUAAUCUGUGUACAAAUGGUUUCACAUUGGAUGUUUAGACAAUUACUCCUUACUUCUCUAGAAAGCUAAUGUACUUUAUAUAAUAAUUCCCAAUAAAAUGGUCGCACUUCAAUCGACUAACUUUUUAACAGGACAAGCUAUGCUAGAAAUAGUUGCAUCUGGUUCCAUCCCCAGGUUCAGCAGCCCAUUCCAACAGAAUGCUUUUUUCCCCCUUUUAGCAGCUGUUUAAAUCUGAGAAUUGUAGGUGAGGCUGGUUUAGGGGAGGAUACCAAAACCAGGCUCAUUUCUUCUGCCCCGUGACUUUGGGUCAGAGACUCAGCCCCCAACCCAGUUCAGAGAGUUUCCCUGCUGGAGACUCUCAGGUGGAGAGGGGACCUGUAGCAGAGAAAAUGGAGAAAUCCGAUAUUACCAUAACUGGUGGCAAGAUUCUCCACAGUUGGCACAGCCUUUCUGCUGGCCUCCCCAUGGUUGAAACAGAGCUGUGACUUCUUUGUCUAGAUUGCUUCAUGUACAGCACUCCUGGGGACCACAGUGUCAUAGACUCAGUCCAGCUUGGUCUGUGAGUUUGUUUGUGUCCCUGCCAAGAAUUAACCUUGAGCAGCAACCAAAGGCAGCUGAGGACACUCUUUUCUUGCUAAACUCUAAAAAGUUAGUAAGAUGAUUGAAGCAUUUUUUCAGGCUUCAAGGAAGUCAGGGUAAUUCAGCAUUGCUUGGUAAACAUUAGGUAGCAUAAAUGUUUUUUUGAAGUCUUACGGUUUGGAAAAGCAAACAGAAGUAAAUAUGAAAUAUGUUUAACUGGAUUGCAUUCAACGCAACCAGAAAUUGGAUAAACUUGGUAUAAAAUGGAAUAAAUUAUUGCCAAAUUAGAAAACAUAAAUUCUUGGUAAACAAGUAAAUAAAGUUGUUCAGCGGGUAUUGCCAAUAA